UUACCAGAUCUUCAGUGUUUCAGGUCUUGGAGUCAGCCCGCAUGUCUGUGACCAUUUAAGUUUUUACCAACUGAGGAUCAUUUUCAUGAAAAUAUGGCUAUGGAGCUAAAUAUCACAGUAACCCAGUCGUGGUGGCCUGAAAACAGCAGCGUUCUCCCUUCGUUUGAACCAUCAGUGUCUCCAGUCUCUACCGAAUGGGAAAUUGCCUUUAUUCCCCCCUUGGUCUUCACGUUUUCCUUACUUGGCCUGUUCUUCAACAGCUUCGUUCUGGCUGUUUUUGCAGCUUACAGGGAUCGGCUGACUGUGGCAGAGAUCUAUCUGAGUAAUCUGGCCCUGGCGGACUUUGCUCUCCUCUGCUGCCUCCCUUUUUGGGCCAUGAACAUCAUAAACAGAUUCAACUGGCCGUAUGGAGACGCCUUAUGCAAGAUAGUCAACUCCAUCAUCAUCAUGAAUUUCUACACCAGCAUCUACACCCUGGUGAUGAUCAGCAUUGACCGCUAUUUAGCUCUUGUGAAAACCAUGAAGGCCAGACUUCUCAGGCGGACACUUUAUGCUAAAAUAAUCUGUGUCAUCCUAUGGCUGCUGGCGCUCCUCCUGAGCACACCGUACAUAGUUCACAGAAAGGUGAAGUUUAUUGAGGAAUAUGGGACAAUAUCCUGUGUUUUAGACUACUCUCACGGCAGCCCCUGGAAGCUCGCCCAUCAGACUGUCAUGAAUGUGGCUGGCUUUGUACUCCCUGUUCUGGUCAUUGUUUUCUGCAACUGGAAUAUAAUCAAGGCUUUGGCUAAGAGGGAGGAAAGGGCAGGCUCUUCCAACUCCAGCGAUACAAAGGCAACAGGACUGGUUUACGCAGUCACGCUACUGUUUCUACUGUGCUGGGGUCCACUCCAGGUGUUCACCUUCCUUGAUUCCCUGUGUGAUGUUGACGUGCUGAGUGGGACGUGGUUUCACACACUGGAUGUUGGGAGACAGGUUUCAGGAUAUCUGGCGUUUUUCAACAGCACUCUAAACCCUCUGCUGUAUGUCUUCUCUGGACAGUACUUUAAAAGGAAGGUGAGCGCCAUCUACAGAAGCGCUCAACGUCAACGCAGAGGAUCAGACAUGACCAUAUAUCAGCGCUCUGUUGUGUCCACUUACAUCAACAGAACAGAGCAAAUUAAGAAUGUGAUCAUCCCCAACACAACACAUCUAAUAUGACUCCUUUUUGGUUGUUCAUGGGUCCUAUAAACAGGAUAUGACUCUGAUUCAUUUAUUUUAUGAGGCUAACACAAUUAAAGCGCUUUUACAUGGCAAAGUAGCGCUAUUAGAGAAUGGUUUAAUCUACAUUUUGUUGCCAUAAUGGACACAAAUAGAGUUAAUGGGUGUCAUGUAUAAAAAAGUUUAAGCAAUUUAACCUCCACUGCCUGUAUAAUUGCACUUGGAUCCGGCAUUGUAGCUACACAACUAAUUGUUUGUUUGUCUGAUGUAAAAAAAUCGAUUUGGUGAGUAUGUCAGAUCCAGGAAAAUGAAAGCUGCUCCAGCUUCAAAACAAACUGGAAAAAAAAAAUGUUCUCUGUACUUGACAAAUUCAGAAAUUUAGGUAUACUUGUCUGACAAUAUACAAAAAUGGAUGUUUUAGAAUAAUAAUAUUAAUACAUUUUAUUUAUAUGGUGCCUUUCUGGGCACUCAAGGUCGCCAGACAAGUAAAAAACAAGACAAAAAAACACAAAUACAGGAAUAAGACAAGAGUUAAAUUCACAUGAUUGCAAAAGACAGUGAAAUGAUA